GCCUGCCCAAUGUACUUCUCACACACUCAAAGCGAAAGCGCUGACGGUGACAGAGGGAGAAACUACAGCUCCCAUCAUGCAACGCUGCGCUCGUGGGCCUCGACCCUUCCUGCCAUCCAAUCAGAGGCGGCCGAGGCAGGAGUUGGCCAAUAAGACGGAGGCAGCGCUCACGCGCAGGCGGCGGUUGCAAUUUGAACAGGGUCGGAGGGUUGCGUUAGAAGAAGCUGAACCUGUGGAUCAGUCCAAGAGUGGAACACUUGUGUUGUGAGAAAGCCUAAAAGAUUGGCUACCAUGUCCCUGGAUGAGAAUGAGUGGGAGCUCAGCAAGGAGAACGUGCAGCCUCUGAGGCAAGGACGAGUGAUGGCUACUUUGCAGGAAGCUCUAGCUCAGCAAGAUGUUUCCACCCACACUGCCAUCCAGCAGCAAAAAAGGGAAUUUGAAUCUGAAAUUCGAUUUUACUGUGGAGAUGAUCCCUUGGAUGUCUGGGAUAGAUAUAUCAAAUGGACUGAGCAAACCUUUCCUCAAGGUGGUAAAGAGAGCAACCUCUCAGCUGUGUUGGAGAGAGCUGUUAAAGCACUGAAUGAGCAGCAGAGAUACUACCAAGACCCCCGCUACCUCAGUCUUUGGCUAAAAUUUGGGAACUGUUGCAGUGAACCUCUGGACCUAUACAGCUAUCUUCACAGCCAGGGUAUAGGCACAUCACUAGCACAACUCUAUGUUACUUGGGCAGAGGAGCUUGAGGCAAGAGGAAAUUACAAGAAAGCUGACUUGAUUUUCCAGGAUGGAGUCCUCUGCAAAGCUGAGCCUUUGGAUAAACUACUGUCUCAUCACAGGCAAUUCCAGGCUCGUGUGUCUCGGCAGACUUUCGAGGCUCUAGAGGAAGAUACUAGUGUGGAAGAGCCGGUGGGAGGUCUUGCAUCUGAACCCCAAAGAACCACAUUGGCAGAACUGAAGGGAAGAGGAAAGAAAAUAGUGAAAGCCCCAGUCAGCCGUAUAGGAAAUGCUAUAAAGUUCCCAAGCCAAGGACAGAGACUGCAGACUCCAUCUCAACAGGCAUCAAAUCGCCCAACAUUUGCAGUAUUUGAUGAAAACAGAGUUGUAACUUCUAAACCUGAGCUUCCAGCACUUGUACCACAGCCAUGGGUCGCACCUCCACCUGUAAAAGCCAAGGAGAAUGAAUUGAAACCUGGGCCUUGGAACAUGGGCAGGUGUCCUCAGAGCAACAUGGAUUCUGCUCUUCCUGCUCCUGCUAUGGUCCCCAACUUCACCCCAUAUGUUGAUGAAUCAGCUCAGCAACAAGCCAUGACACCUUGUAAAGUAGAGCCUAGCAUGAACUGUGUGUUAAGUGUUAGAAAGCCUAUGAAAGAGGAGGAUCCACUACAUCGUGUGCAAAACCACCAGCAAGAUGGUCAAGAAAAAAAAGAACAGCCAAUGUAUUGUAAAGAGAAGGUUUAUGCUGGAGUGGAUGAAUUUUCCUUUGAGGAGAUCAGAGCUGAAAUCUACAGAAAGAAAGCAAAGAAGAGAAGAGAAGAAGAGCUACAAACUAUAGCACAGAAGAAAGCUGAAUUACAAAGGAAGAUUGAGGAGAUGGAGAAGGUGGUGAGAGAGCAGCAAGAAAAACAUGAGCAAAGGUCAUAUGCACAGCAUGCAGUGGAGCAGGAAUCUGGAGCUGUUUCUCCUAAUAUGACAAAGAGUCUGAAGCCGCUUAGAAGGGAAGAACAAUGUGCUCUGACAGAUUCCAAAGCAUUUGCUGAAGGAUCUCCUUCAGAUUGUUUUUUCUUGAAAAGCAAUCUUGAGCUGGAAGAAAAUUUUCAGCAUAAGAAAUCAAGUUCCUCUAGUGAUUCUGAUAUCCCUCCUGCACUCAGUGCUUCAAUACCUUUCUCUAUUUUUGAUGAGUCAUCUGCUUUCGUAUAUGAGGGUGCCAGACUUUCUACUGGCCCUUUAUUGAUGCAUGCCAGAUGCCCUCUUGCUGUUCGUAAACCUUCAGAAAGUAUUGUUGCAAAGGAAAAUAUACCCCCUGAAAAUUCUGAUCAACUCCAUGAAACUGAACCCUUGAUUGAAGAUGCAAUACUCAUGGGUUCAUACAAGAACAAAACCCUCUGUCCUAAUCCUGAAGAUACCUGUGACUUUGUUAGGGCUGCUCACUUGGCAUCAACCCCUUUCCAUGGGAUCACAGAACAGAGAAGUCAGCUUGAUGACAAACCAAAGGAAGAAUGUCCAGAAUCUAAGACUACAUUGCUUAGCCAGAAAACAGUUGUGAAUGAGGAUCAGUAUGCUGAAGCCCUCUUUGUGAAAAAGCUGAGCCCAAUUAUGGAGGCAAGUCAGGAAGAUACGAGAUCUUCUGCAUCUUCAACUUCCCCAUCACAAAUCUCUAUUAAAUUUCAAAAAAUCCCAGAGAAGUUGGAGUUAGCUCAUAGCUCCACUGAUGAAAUAGUCAGUGAUGCUGAAAAUGGUUCUAAUUACUCUCCAACGAGUAUGGAACAGUGCAAACAGCUCUUGCAACCUCUUCCGGAGUUGUUGACAAAAUCUCCUGACUUUAUAUUGGAGGCUCAGCCAAUGCCUUGGGUGGAACUGGAAAAAGAACUCCAUUUGGGGAAUGACAUUUACUGUAUUACUCGUGAGUAUUCGAUCACUGAGAAUGACAAGAUGUUCUCUGCUUUGCCAGCCAACUUUGCACAUGAGAUCUCAACAGCAUUUUUAAUAAAGGUGCACUCAGAACCUGUGCCAUGGGACUUUUACAUAUUGCUGCAGUUACGUGAGCGGCUAGGUGCUGGGUUUGAUCAGAAUUUCAGUGGCAACUGCACUUGUUUCUUAUACCACAAUGGAUGUGUGACUUUACAUAAUGAGAUAAACUGCAUUACACUCCAGGAUAUAAUCUGCCGCUGUAAUGUUAUCCCACAAGAAGUGGUCAUGUUGAUUGUUGACAAUCUCCUAGAGGUGGUACAGAAAUUGCAUGAAGUGGAGAUAGUUCAUGGAAAUUUGCAUCCAGCAUCAUUGUUCUUAGGAGACAGAAUCUGCAAUCCAUUUGCCAUGGCAGAGGCUGCCAGUGCUCUGAAAUUAGUGGAUUUCUCUCACAGCCUAGACUUGAAGCUUCAAUCAGGAGUGAGUUCACUGAGAGGCUUUCCAAUAGCUCAGACGCAGUGUGGGCAACAGAUCCUUGAUGAAAAAUCUCCUCCUUACCAGAUUGACUUACUUGGCAUUGCAGACACAGUCCAUAUUAUCCUUUUUGGGGAAAGUCUGCAAGUUCAUCAGGAAAAAGGCUAUUGGAAAACUAACAGAGACCUGUCCCAGUUUGUUGACAGUGAUAUUAUGGAGUAUAAAUUCUUUGAGAAAAUUCUGAACGCAAAUGGUGAGUUUACUGUGCCUCUGCUGAAAGAACUGAGGGCGGAACUGAGUAGUUGCAUUUGGACAGUUCUUUCCCAGAACGCUCGUAAUUCCUUGACAAAGCUGGAAGGCGUUCUUGAUGUUGGAAAUAUCUUCUGA